AUGGAACAGGAUGAAAUAGACUCUGAAUGGAGAUAUAAGAUUACAAACACCUCUUCAACAUCCGAGUGUGGAAAUUUAGGGACGUCCUUUGUCUCAAUUGUGACCAAAGAGGAAGCUAGAGGCUCCCAUGGUUGCUCCACUGAAAAUGUGGAAGAAGCGGAUACUAGCAUUGUUCAUGAUGUAUGGAAACAGUGCGAUCAACAGAACUUCAAGAAAUUGGUGCUUUCUGAGAAUACUGUUGUCACGGAAUAUGAGGAUGACUUGGCUCAUACAGAGAGCAUACUGCAGGAAACAAAACCUCAAUUUAAAAGUGAUUGCUUAUAUUAUAAUUGGGCUGUGUCUCCACAAAACCAGCAACUGGCCUCUAUUGGUUUUGAUCAGACUGGGUCCCAGAUUGAGGGGUUCACAAUUGACGCUGAGGAGAAUGAACAACCACAUGGAAUUUCUAACAUCUUUGACAAAUUUAACCUUCCAACAUGGAACACCAGGCUUGUACCAGUCUCUACCGAAUGGACUGACAAAAUGUUUUGCCAAGGGGUGUCAUAUCCUCGUUAUGGUUGGAGUUCAGCAAAACCUUAUACGUCUCCUGUAGGAAAUCUCUGGGACCGCAAUUCAAAAUCCAGUAGUUUGGAGAAGCAACGGAGCUUAAACACAGAGCUUACAUGCUAUCCAAUUGAGGAAGAUCACAGCGUUGGCGGAGAGAAUGAGAAUAUAGAUGGGGCAGCCGACACUUCCGAAGAAGACAUUUGCUCAACUCUGGAGACUUGUGGUGCCAAAAGAGAACCACUUGCUGAGAUAACAGAAGCACGUGAAGAUUGUCCUACAUCUGUUUCGGCAGUAGAGAACUCUCCUGAUAGAACUAGUUUAGAAUCUGUUCUCACUGAAGUCAGCUUCACUGAGACUCAUGGUAGGGUUGACCAGAAGCAUGGAAAUUGCUACAGCAAUAAGAGGAGAUGUAAAAAUGAGGAAUCACUGAAGAGCAGAUCCAACGGGCCGAAAUUUUCAGGGAAAACCAGUUUGAGGAAAUGUGGGCAGAGUAUAUCAGAGAAGGAGUCUAAGAGUAACAACGUUGUUUCAAACAUCACUUCCUUUGUUCCCCUUAUUCAACAAAAGCAAGUGGCAGCAAUUGGUACGGGGAAGAGACACAUCAAAGUGAAGGCACUGCAGGCUGCCGAGGCUGCAAAGCGCCUUGAAGAAAAAAGACAGAAUGAAGGCAAGAUGAUAAAGGAAGCACUGAAGCUUGAACGAGGAAGAGUAGAACAAGAAAGUUUUUGGCAAAUGGAGUUAAACAAGAAGAAGAAGGAAGAGGAGCAGAAGAGAAAAGAUGCUGAUAUGGUCGCAAAGAAAAGACUAAGGGAGGAAGAAGAGCAAAAGGAGAAGGAAAGAAAAAGACAGAGAACUGAAGAAGCACGACAACGGAGAGAUGAAAAACUACGAGUUGGGAAAGCAGAGAAAGAAGAUGAAAAGGUGACCAACAAGAAGGAAACUAAGUGUGACUUCAGAAGACAUCAGAAACUGGAAAAGGAAGGAGGAGAUAACAAUAUUAGGAGACAGCAACAGACUGAACCUAGGGCUGCUGACAGUUCGACCAGCAAUGUCAUACAAGCAGUCCACGAUUGUGAAGCUGCUAGCGUCGGUGAUGAUAGUGGUGAGCCAAAAAGUAUCUUGACAACAACUACUGAAAAGGAUAACUGUAUGGCCAAGACAAUUCGAGAAAAGUCAUAUGAGAUUUCUCCAUAUCAAUGCUCAGAUGAUGAUGAAGAUGACGAGAAUGAAAUUUCCACCAAAAAAUUUAUUCCUUCUUGGGCCAGUAAAAAUUCAGUGGCUUUUGUUCUUUCAUCCCAGACAAAAGUUGAUCCAGAUAUAAUAUUCCCCCAUGAAAGCUUCUGCAAUAUAGAUGAAGUCAUCCGGCCAAAAAAAUUACAGCUAAAAUAGGCCCCAAGUUGGUUGAAAUUGUUCUGUGGCCUCCAAAAUCAUUGUUACAUUAACUUAAGUAGAUAAAGGUACUGUCUCUUUCUCCCACCUUGUCCUCUGUAUCUCCCCCUCUUAUCAUCACUAUCAUCUCAUAGUUUGUUCAUCUGUCAUCCUUUACGUUCUCCGAU